UCUUUCCUCUUUGUCUCCACCUUUAACAUCACCAGGAAGGAAGAAAAGCGGAGAAAGGAGGCAAUGAUCUGUGAAUGUGGGAACGACAAACCGCAGACCGAGCAUUUCCAACCCGAACCGAGCCGCUGCCCAGACUCCCCCGUCUCCCCCUCCUCCUCCUCCUCCUCUGAGGCCGUGCAUCCGAGCGGGGGGCGGGACAGCCAGACCAGCAGCGGGAGCCUCAUCCCUGAGGACACUGGCAGCUUCCAGCCCCUGGUCUCCUCCUCAUCCUCCGCCUGCACCAUGACAUCGGGGGAGCUGAUGCAGAGCACCCCGCUGCUCGCGCACAGGUCCACGCGGAGCUUGCUGUACAAGGCGCUCUGCUUCCUGCUCCUGCUGUUCCAGGGAGGGGUUCUGGACUUCUACCUCAUCGUCUUCACCGACCUGUACUGGUGCUCGUGGAUCGCCACGGACCUGGUGGUCGUCUCGGGCUGGGGUAUUUUCUUCCUGAAGAACGCGCGGAGUAAACGGGAGCGCGCCUGCGGCUUCCACCAGAAGAGCUCCAUCUUCGGCUGCAACCUCGGGGAGUUCACCUACGCCUACCUGGCCUGGCUCAUCUAUGUCAUCGCGUGCACACCUAAGGUGGUGCUGAUUCUGGAGACGUCCAUUCUGGAGCAGAUCGCGCUCAAAGUCCCGUGCGGACUGACCGGUUUUAAGAUCCUCGUGCUGCUGUCCGCGCCGCUGCUCUUCUGCCUCAUCAACUCUAUCGUGGUGGACCUGAACGGCUCCACGCGCCACCACUCCCAGAGCUGCUUCAUGAGCACGUGCCUGGACCUGCUGGACAGCUUCACCCUGCUGGAGGUGCUGCUGAGGGACGAGCUCCCCUCUGUGUACCUGAAGUACACCGUGAUAUCCGUGUACUUCGUGGCCCUCGCGGUUCCGGUGGUCUGGCUCUACGAGCUGACGGCGUCCGAGCUGCGCUGCGGGUGGCUGUGCGCGCGCUUCUCCACCGGCCUGCUGGUCAACGCGCCGCUGCUCGUGGUCAGGUGUUUCCAGGUGUACGUCUACAAGAUGCCCGUGUCCGUGUUCAUGUUCAAGAACAUCUUCUUCCUGGUGUGUCGGCUACUGGAGCUGAUGGAGCAGUGCGUGGCGGUGCACGGGGUCCGGAGGCUGGCUGGGGGGGGCAACCCGGCCCAGUUCUCCCACUGCGUGUCUGAGAACGACAUGUGUCCGCACGGGUAUGUUAACACCCUGGCCGUGAGCCAGUCAUAGAGCCGCUGGAGGUGAUGGAAGAGCUGGAAACAUCUGCAUCCAGACAGCAGAACAACCACGUGAAGGUCAUGCUGGUCAGGGCCGCUGCUAGCUAUCUGGGGGCCCUAAGCACAACUGUUUUGUGGGGCCUCUAAACACACAGACACA